UGAACAUUUGGAAGAUCUAAAUAACUUUGUGAACUGAUAUUUUUCACAUGACUAAUGUGAGGGUAAAAGAUUAUUUGAAGUGCAAGCUAGAUCAAUGGAUUUUUAUGUAACAGAAAGAAAAGUUUAUUGAUAUGACUUCAGGUUCCAUGUUACAGUUGCCCUUUAGAAUUGUUGAGUUUGGGUGUGAUACCAGGGAAUAAUAUCCAGAAUUCUCGGAAAAGGCUAUUAAAAUACUCCUCCUUUUUCUGUUGUACAUAUUUGUGUGAGGCCAGUUUCUUCAUGUACUUCAACCACAACUGACUGAACAUUUGGAAUAUCUACAUAACUUAGUGAACUGAUAAUGAGCAGAAACAGAUUUGAGAAAUCCAGCUAUUUGGGAGGAAAUAUAGUUAUUAUGAAAAUAUGUUGUUUUUGUUAACAUGUAACAUGUUUGUUAUUUUUAUUUUAAAAAAGUGAUUUUUGAAAAACCAAUCAGUUUAGUGCUGGCUUAGGCAGCAUGGCCCGGGCCAGGGUGACAGCAGGUGCCUGAAGCAUUCUGUAGUGUGUUUUCUUUUUCUCAUGUUCACAGUGGGCUCCAGCGAAUGCAGUGACUUACCUAGUUGAGGGCUCUUCUGGCAUCAGGCCUCAUCUCUAACUUCACUUAAAAAGAGAUCUAUUUUAAUUUAUGAUGUGUAUAUCAAUAGAUAUAAUCCACAUGAGCACUUUGGUACCCUCAGUAAUUUUGAAGGUAUAAAGGGUCCUCAGAUGAGAUUGUUUCAGAACCCUUGUUCUGUGGAGUGACUGGUGAGAGUAUGUAGCUGAAGAAGCUUAGAGGACAAGGCCUUUGGAAGAGAGAAAGUCAGGAACUAAGUUUUGGGUAUUGGUAGGAUUAUUUGGUGUAUGCAGAGCACUAAGAUUUCGGGUAAGAGUAGUGUUGGAGAGAAAGGAAGCCACUUAAGUGUUAAAAUCUUUAAAAAAUGAACUGUGUUAUGGUAAGUGAUGGUGGAACCCUUCUGGAAGGAGUGGAUCAGCAAGGCUACAGUGCACUGGAAGGUGCUGGGUUAGGUCACUGGCCUGGAAAUCUCUGAUACGCUGGUAGGGUAACUUAAAGCUGCUAUAAUGAAAAGACCCAAAAAUAAUGUGGUUUUGAGAAGACAGUGUUUAUUUCUUUCCAUUUAACUGUUCUAAAGUGAGUGAUACGAUUGGUGGUAAAGCUUUGUUUCAUGUGGUCACUCUAGGGACAAGUUUUUUCUGUUGCAUUAUUUUGUCAUGUUUUAGGAAGAUGGCUGUCUGCCUGAGCCAACUCUGUGGGAGCUGGGAAGUCAUGUGCCCAGGAAAGAGAGACUAGAACUGGGGGGAUAAGUGGCCGUCUUUGCCAGUCUUGAAAAUGAGGCUGUGUUUUAGAUUUGUUGUACCCUCUGUAAUACACAUAUUAGGUGGAGAGUUGAUGAUGAAUCAAGACUGGUGAAAUAAAAAUACAAUCUUUAUAGUAUUUGUUUAGGGAUUGAAGUAUGUAAAUGAAUUUAUCUGGAAAUGUCUAAGUAAAGGUCAUCUGUCUGCUCUUUACGUUGAGAACGAGAUUAGCAUGUUGUGGGAUUAGUUUUUCAGUUUGGGGAUCCUAUUCUUCAUAAUUCUUGUACUAAGGUUGUGUUUAACUUCAUAUAGAUGUAGAUGUGGAAGGGAAGAAUUACUGUAAAAGAUGCCACAAUACAAUGAAUGUUGGGUUUAGCAUCACUUUAGCAACUGUUCCAUUGGCUGUAAUCAUCGAGUUCCUGCAGGAGGAGGAAGAAAUUUUCUAUUUGCAUUGCAGACUUGCCUUCUCUUACUUGUUUUUGUAUCUCUUUUUCUGUCCUGGGUGUCAGGCACCAUGCUGUGACAAGCUUUAUACUUGCCGGCUGUGUCACGAUAACAAUGAAGACCAUCAGCUAGAUCGCUUUAAAGUAAAGGAAGUGCAGUGUGUAAACUGUGAAAAAAUCCAACACGCUCAGCAGACUUGUGAAGACUGUAGCACACUGUUUGGAGAAUAUUAUUGCAACAUAUGCCACCUGUUUGACAAAGAUAAGAAGCAGUAUCAUUGUGAGAACUGUGGAAUUUGUAGGAUUGGUCCAAAGGAAGAUUUUUUCCACUGUUCGAAAUGUAACUUAUGCCUAGCUAUGACUCUUCAAGGAAAACACAAGUGUAUUGAAAAUGUUUCCCGGCAGAAUUGCCCAAUAUGUUUGGAGGACAUUCACACGUCCCGUGUUGUCGCUCAUGUUCUGCCAUGUGGACAUCUUUUACAUAGAACAUGUUAUGAAGAAAUGCUGAAAGAAGGCUACAGAUGUCCUUUGUGUAUGCACUCUGCGCUGGACAUGACCCGCUACUGGCGCCAGCUGGACGAUGAGGUGGCUCAGACUCCUAUGCCCUCAGAGUAUCAGAACAUGACUGUGGAUAUUCUCUGCAAUGACUGUAAUGGACGAUCCACAGUUCAGUUCCAUAUAUUAGGCAUGAAGUGUAACAUUUGUGAGUCCUACAAUACUGCUCAAGCUGGAGGACGUGGAGUUUCACUGGAUUCGCAGUGACCAGCCUUACGCACUGGAUAAAACAGCAUUUUCAGAUAGAGAAAAUACUUUCCUUAGUAUCCUGCUGUUGUAACGUGUUAUAAUCUGUGCAUUAGAGUCGACGUGUUUUGUACUAGUGUCACAGCAGAAAAUAAUAUUACAAGUAUUUAAGGAUUCAGGGUCUCUUAGAGAAUUAUCAUAGCUCUGUACUGAGAGUCACUGUGCUUGCAUUUUGAUUGGAAAUCCCUUUAUUGUCAGUUGAUCAGAAGCCAGUGAUGUUUGCCACUGACGUUCACAUUCACGCAAGUAUGUUUCAUUUUGAUGGAACUUAAAGUGACACUGCACGCAGAGUUCAUUUUAGUUCUUGAUAGAAUUGCACUUAAUUCUCAGUAGUAGUCUUGACUUUUUAAGGACUGUGCUAUAAUGAAAAUAAGUUCUACCUUAAAAAUCUAAUUAUGUAUGCUUAGAAUUUUCUAUAUCAGUCCUUUGGAUCCUUUAAAUGUGA